AAGGCACUUCGGUUUUUUUUAGGUGUAAAAGACUGACCAUGUUAGUGAUCGUCCUGUGUCUGGUUGGCGCCGUUUGGGGACAAUCGAAUCCUCCCCCUAAAUGUUGCGUGGCCCGUCAGUUCGAGGCCAAGAUGGGGGAGACUGGCGGAUCCAUCUAUUCGAGUCAUGGUGUGGAGGUGCCAGCGCUCAUUGACUCUGACAACGUCAUGCACUAUGACUACUACAACAGAACCAUUGUGAUGGAAGUGAAUACCCACAACCCCGACAACACCACCACCUACACCAGGAUCAUCCAGGAUUACAAGAGGGGCAUACAGCAUGUUUUCGGAGCAGGAUCGUGCACAACGUCAACGAUACGCCGUGGCUUCAGAGAACCAUGUAUUCCAGAUAACGCCAAAUUCGUGGGAAGUAGUUACGUCGGCUAUGGCGUGCACAAAAUCGCUUUUAACAACUGGGAGUUUGCAGAGCCGGACACCGGCAACGACAUGAGGCUGGUUGUUACAUCGUCGACUUGUGUCCCAGUGGUGGAAGCAAUCUUUGGAAACGUUAACAAUGCCCCUUCCGAACUUGUCUUCGUGUUCACUAACUUCCAGCCCGGCAUUAAAACACCAGACUUGUUUGUGUUGCCUUCCCUCUGUACUGGCGCUGCCGACACCAUCAACAAUGAAGACCACCCACAUCACAUUCAACGUGCUAUCCUUGCUAUGGACGGCUGGGUAUCUUAAAGUGUGAAAAUAAAACAUGUGCAGGUUA